GUCUUUGCGCUCAUCAUCGCCAUCGACAAGUACCAGCACGACGCCAUACCGAACUUGCACGGCUGUGUUAACGAUGGCGAGUACUUCCAGAGGUUCCUGAAAGAUUCGCUGCACGUUCCAUCUAGCAACAUCCUCAGGUUGGUCAACGAGUCCGCUACGCGGGACAAUAUCCUGUCCGCGUUUGAUGGAUAUCUCAUCAAUAAUGAGCGGAUUGGACGGGACGACCUCGUCUUCGUCUUUUACGCAGGUUAUGGCGACCGCAUAGACGCUCCAGCGGACUGGCCGGAAAGAAAGAAAGUCGAGACCAUCUGUCCCUAUGACCAGUCGGCUUUCGAAGGACUUGUCAGCCCGAAGUGCCGCCCGAUCUAUGGCAUUCCGGAUCGGACAUUCAACGCUUUGAUGGACCAGUUGGCAGAGAAGAAGGGGAAUAAUCUUGUGUGUACUAUUUCUCUCAGUGCGGCCGGCAUCAUAUUCAAGCUCUAA